GGCUCCGCAUGUAAACACCGACAAAUGGGCCUUUAAGUUAUGAAGAUAAUAUAAAGCUCAAUUGGAUUUCAAUGACUUCGAACGUACAUGACCUGUGUAGUUUGAGGUCAGUCAGGCGGUGAACCAGCUUCAGGUUCGACCACACACUAAACCGUGGCGAGAGUGAAUCGUCGACCCAGAAGCUUAGCUCAUAAUUAGUUGUUACGUAAUGAUGUAGCAGAGAAUCGCCCGGUGAUCAUCGCAAUCGCCAUGUAGGCUAGAUAUAUUAACUUGAGUAUUGUGUUGAAGGCGCCCUGUGUUUCGUGAAUUGUGGUGGUCCAGAUUCCAGACUCCCAAGCAUUUUGAACUUCAAGCUCAUCCAGGGCCUCCAUAAAAAACAAGAAUAUGCGGCAACCCGAGUCUAUGCUCACGCACCAAGCGUCUUGAACGCCCACACAUCGUGAUCGUCAGCAAGAUUCAAAACCUUGAAUUUUUAAUCAGAGAUUCAAAACAGAUGCAGUCUGCCAAUUGUCCAGGUUUGUCGGUACCCCCACUCCUGCUUAUUCAACGCUUCGCGUUCUCUCUUCAUAAUACCCCUUUGUUGUGAGAUAGGUAAGGUAGCUCUCGUGUGUUGUGCUUCGUACUUAUGUUAGCCUUGUCGUGUUUCCUUGUCUGAAUUGCCGACAUCGCCCUUAAAUUGUGUUCACGACUAUAGUUCAGAGCUUCAGAUACCAGUGAGUGAUGCCGCACCAAGGGAUUUGGUCGCUUGGAAAUAAGUAGAGAAGUCGGGCCUGUGCAAGCGAAACGUUUCCUUUUAUCGAUGAGCCGAGCGGAAACGUUGUGUCUAGUCCCGAGGCAUGCUUGUUUCAGGUCAAGGUAUAGCUUGCCGUGCGCACCACCCCGUUCUCUCCGUUAUCCCCGUUCUUUGUCGCGGUUGUGUUAUCUCUCGUGUGUGUUAUUCCUCGCGUCUGUCUGGUAUAUUGUUCAAGGCCAUACUGCGUAUAUUUGCGUAUAUUCUGUUGUCGUGUGUGCCGUAGUCGUCCUCAUAUGUCAUCGUUGGCGCGUGUUAUAGUUGUUAUCCGUAUUAAAGCCGUCACAUGUGUUGCGGUAUGUGUUGCGGUAUGUGUUGCGGUAUGUGUUGCGGUAUGUGUUGCGGUAUGUGUUGCGGUAUGUGUUGCGGUAUGUGUUGCGGUAUGUGUUGCGGUA